AUGAAACUUUUGCGAUUACUUAUCAAAAACAUCACAUUUUCCAAAUUUUUGGGAGAAUAAUUUAAAAGUUAUAAGAAAACAACACUCCAUCUUAAAGUUUAGAACUUUUUCAAUUUGAAAACAUAAAGGCAAGCAUAAAGAAAUUGUGAAGCUCUACUUAAUUAAAUUGAAUAAAAAUAAUCUAUAUCUAAAAAGAUACUCAUUUAAAUUAUUUAUACUAAAAGAAAUCAACAUUUACUCAAAUAAUUGAUAAUUAGAAAUAAAAUUUAUUCAAAAAAGUUAUCAAUUAGAAACCUUAUUAAUUUGUUGAAAUCACAAAAAUAUUCACGUAAAUUGAGUUAUAUAGUUAGUUUCAAUAUAUUUGAGUUUAUUAUACAAAUUGAUUCUUGCAAAGAUGAAAUGUAGGCAACAACAGCAAUUAAGUUCGUUUUAACUACAUGAAAAUGAUUCAAAAAUACUUCAGAAAAAAUAAAGUGAAGAUUAUUUCAGAAUUGGUAAAUUCCUAAUGUUUAUAAAAAGGAAAUGAGUUAAGAAAAACCAAUUUGAAUGAAUAAGCAAUUAUAAUUUACAAUAGAGCAAUUUAAUUAAACUAAUAAGCUUUAUUUUAUUCAAAAAGAGGUUAGAAAUUCAUUAAUUAAAGCAAAAUCCUUAAGAAAUCUCAAAAGAUAUGUAGAAGCACUGGAGUAAUAUGAUUAUGCCCUAAAAUUAGAGCCAGAGAACGAACAUUUAUAUUUAAAAAAAGGUGAUAAUCUUUCUUAUAAUUCAGGAAUUAUUUUAUUGCAAUUAGAGUACUAUAACGAUGCUUUAUUAUUGGUUGAUUAAGCAAUUCUCAAAAAUUGUUCAAAUUAUAAAUCAUUUUAUUAUAGAAGUAAGAAAAUUAUUUCUCUGAUUAGCUUAAAUAUUAAUUAAAUUGAAUCGAAAUGAAGAAGCCUUGGAUGAUAUUGAUAAUUCUAUUAAACUAAAUUCUUCAUUAUCUGAUUCUUACUAUUUAAAAGGUUAGAUUUGUUAAUAUAUAGCUAAUUUAUUAACAUAAUUAUAAAGAUAUGAGGAAGCUUUGGAAAACUAUGAUUAUGCUAUUGAAAAAAAUCAUAAAUGCGACAUUUACUACUUAAAUAAAAGUACCAAGAGAUUUUAUUUCAAGGUAACCUUCUAUGCACUCUUAAUAAAUAUGAUGAAGCUAUUCAAUUAUUAGAUGAGGCAAUUUCUUUAAAUCCUGUCAACCCUAAAACCUAUAAUAAUAAAGGUGAUAUAAAUUCUAUAAGUAGCUAUUACAUUAGUUGAGAUGAGAUUAUUUGAGGAGGCUUUGGAAGUAUUAGAAUUAGCAAUAUAAAAAGUUCCAGAUUGUGAAGAUUUUUAUUUAAACAAAGGUAAAUCUAAUAACUUAGAAAGCAAGCAAAUAUUUUAGAUGAAUUGGAAAGGUAUGAUGAGGCUCUUGAAAAUUAUAAUUUAGCAAUUUAGAAGAAAUUUUAAAAUCCUGUAUGUCAUCACAACAAAUGUAAGAUUAAUAAAGAUCUGAUAGCAUUACUAUUACACAAAUUAAAAAAUACAAUCGACGCACUUUCAAGUUGUGAUGUUGCAAUUCAAUAAGAUUCCUCCAACUCCAUUUAUUAUUCUACAAAGGGUAUUGAUAUUCAAAAUGAUAGGAAAUAUUUUGUGUGAUCUAAAUUUAUAUUCAGAUGCCAUUAAGUGUUAUGAUUUAGCUAUUUAAAAUAAUCCUGAAUUUGCAGAUCUUUACUAUAAUAAAGGUAUGUAAUAAAGACUUCAAAAAUUUAGGUCAUACACUCAGUUAGUUGGGUAGAUUUCAAGAAGCAAUUGAGUAGUAUGAUAACGCUAUCUCGAUAAAUUCUGAAAAUGAUAAGUAUUAUAGCAACAAAGGUACUUUUUUUUUCUUUUAUUACUCUAUAGCCUAUGCUUUAAGCCAAAUUCACCAUAAAGAAGAAGCAUUACAAAAUUACAAAAUUGCCUUGAAUUUGAACCCUGAUGAACCCCAAAAUUAUCAUGAGGUGGCAAAUGAAUUGUCAGAAUUAAAUCAUUUUAUAGAAGCUCUCAAAUAUUAUGAUAAAGCAAUAUAUUUAGAUCCAGAUUUCUCAGAUUCUUAUUUUAACAAAGGUGGUUUUAUUAAAUUGAUAUUAGCACUCGCUUUUAAUAAAUUAAAGCGUUUUGAAAAUGCAUUAGAGUGUUUUAAUCUAGCUAUAUCAAAAAAUUCACAAGAAUCUGAAUAUUAUUAUGAAAAAGGUAUUUUAAAUGUAAUUUUAGGUGUCACUCUUUAUGAAUUAAAUCGUUUUUAUGAGGCCCUUGAAGCCUAUGAAUUAGCAAUCUAAUAUAAUCCGACCGAUAUUCGAUUUUAUAAUUCAAAAGGUAAAUUAAUUAUUAAAAUUAUUAGCAAUUACAUUAUAAGAAAUGGGAAAUUUAGAAGAAUGUCUCUCAUUAUAUGAUAAGGUAAUUUAACUAAAUCCUCAUGAUGCCUAUUGUUACAGUAAUAAAGGUAUAAAUAUAAGCAAUAUUAUUAGCCUUAACAUUACUUAACCUUAACAGAUAUGAAGAGGCUUUAGAAUAUUAUUCUUGUGCACUUUCAAAUAAUCCUGAAAAUGCUGAGUACAAUUUAAGCAAGGGUAGAUUAUAAUAAUUAAUUCAGCAUUGGUGUUAAGGUUGCUAAAUCGUUAUGAAGAUGCUUUAUAAUCAAUUGAAGAAGCAAUAUAAAAAGCUCCUUAAAAUUAUGAGUGCUAUAAUGAUAAAGGUUUGUGUAGUUUAAUUUUUCAAGCAACUAUACUAGCAAAGUAAUUUCGAUAUGAAGAUGCACUCAAAUGUCAUUAGUAUGCAUUAAAAAUGAAUCCUAAUAACCCAGAUCUAUAUGAAAAUCUAGGUACAAAAAAUAAAAAUUAGCAAAUACAUUGUGGGAAAUGGAAAGGAUUGAUGAUGCAAUUAAAAACUUACAAUGUGCUAUUGAUAUUGAUCCUGAAAAUUCUUAAUAUUAUCAUAAAUUAGGUUUUUUUAAAAUAAUAAUUAAGCAAUCGCACUCAAAUUAGAAAAACGUUAUGAUCUAGCCUUAGAAUAAUGUGAUAUUGCAAUUAAUAAAAACCCUGAGAAAUCCAUUUAUUUCUCAACUAAAGGUAAUACAUUUAAAUAUAUAAAAGGCUAAAUUCUAGUUGAUUUAUUCUUGUAUGAAGAAGCUCUUGAAUUAUUCGAUUAGGCUUUAUCAAUAAAUUCUGAAAAAUGGGAAUUCUACAACAAUAAGGGUUAAAUUACUAAUAUUUUAAGCAAUUACUUUAAGUAAAUUGGGUCGUAAUGAAGAUUCCCUUAAUCUUUAUGACAAAGCAAUUAAUUUAAACCCUGAAAUUGCUGAAGUCUAUUUUAAUAAAGGUUUUUUAAUUGAAUACUUCUAGCAAAUUUAUUGAGGGUUUUAGGUUAGCAUUAAGAAGCCCUAAUUUACUAUGAAUAUGCUAUUUAAAGAGAUCCAGAUGAAGCUCAGUAUUAUUCAGAAAAAGGUAAAAUUAAAUUUUAAAAAGCAAAUACUUUAUUUGAUUUAAAGUUAUACAAUGAUGCUAUAAAAUAUGAUGAAAUUGCAUUUGAUAAAAAUUUAAGAGAUGAUGAAUAUUAUUCUAAAAAAGGUCAAAUAAGAAAUAAAAAUAGCAAUCAUAUUAUCAGAAAUUCAACUUUAUUAAGAGGCUUUAAAAUAUUAAGAAUUAUAAAUUAGAAUUAAACCAGAUAAUCCUGACCUUCAUUUUUAAAAAGGUAAUUAAAAUCAUCAAAUAUCAGCAAAAACUUUGAUUUAAUUAUUCCGUUUUGAGGAAGCUUUUGAAUCUUAUAACUAAGCUAUAACACUAAGGUCUGAUAUUGAUUACUUUUAUUAACACAAAGGUUGAGAAUUCUCAAUUAAUUUAUAGCCUAUUUGCUUAUGGAUUUAAAUUUGUUUACCGAUGCUAUAUAAUAAUUUGAUUUAGCAAUUUAAUUGAAUCCAAAAAAGGCUCAACUUUUUUAAUCUAAAGGUUGCAACAAAAACUUUUAAUUUUUAGGUCAUGCUUUACUUAAAAUUUCAUAAUGUGAAUUAGCUUUAUUGUGCUACGAGGAGGGCAUAAAAUUAGAACCAAAUAAUUAAGAAUGUUAUUUUGAUAAGCGUAACUACUGACUAUUAUUUCUAAGUGAGAUUAUUAAUUUAAUUAAAUCGUUAUCAAGAAGCCCUUUAUCUUAUAGAUUUAGCAAUCAUUUAAUGCAAUUAGAUUGACAUGCUCUUCUUUUUGAAAGGUAUUUGUAAUUUAAUUAAUUAGGGAUUGUCCUAAAAAAUUUGGAUUAAUUAGAUAUUGCCCUAGAAUAUUUAGAUAAAGCUCUAUAAUUGAAACCUAAAGUUGAAUAUUACCAUGAAAAAGGUAAUAGAAAUUUAAUAUAUUUAGCAAUGACCUUAUAAAAAAAAAAGCUCUACCUUGAGGCAAUAGCAAAUAUAGAUAUUUGUAUUAGCAUUAACCAUCGAACUUCAAUAUAUUAUUAUGACAAAGGUAGUUAGUUUACUUCUAUUUUUAGGAAUUACCCUAUAUCUGCUCAAUGACUUUAGAGAAGCUAAUUACUAUUUUAAACUAGCAUUAAGAUUCAAAUAUGUAUUAGUCUCAUAUUAUUCAAGGAAAAAUUGAAGAAAAAGAAAGAUAUUCUAGAAUGA